AUUCACUUCUCCUGCCUUAGCUCCUUGCACAAGUGGGUAAGACAGAACGAAUUUAGGAAAGCUAGUAGGAAAUGGAGAAAGGGGUUUAAUACUUCUUCUCUCCCCUCCUCUCCUCCCAUCCCUUCUUGUCACUUAGUUGCAGAUGCUAUAGAUUAAUGCACUGGGAGGAUUGUGAUUUGAUGAAUGUUAUUUCUACGUAAGAUAUUCAUUCUGCUGUGUGUUUUUGGGAAUAUUUCAGUGUUUCAGCCUUGUGCAUAGCUCUCUUUCCCCUUAAAGUCUCAAUACAGCUAUGAAGGACUGUCCUGUUCAUCCCCUGAUGGCCCCCAUUCAGCAUAGGCAGCAGCGGGGCUGGGCGGGAGAGCUCACAGAGCUGUGCAGGAUGGAGUGCUAUGGGGAAGGCAGCAUUACAGUUCGGAGCUGAACAUUAGGCUCGCCUCCCUCCACCGCACCAAGAUGACUUUCUGCUACCAGAACCAGUGGGAAGAUUCCUGCUACUCCCCGUGCAGCUACCGCACCUGCGACUGGGGGAGCUGGGGGAGCCCCUGGGGUUACCGCAGCUACGGCUGGGGGAGCCCCUGUGGCUACCGCGGCUCCUGGUGGCUGAGCGGCUGCCGGGACUGGUGCCCCUCCUACAGCUCCCGCUGGUACUCCCCCUGGUCUACCCGCUGCACCCGCCGCUACAGCGUGGGCAGCUGCUCCCCCUGCUCCUCCUGGUAAAGGCAAAAUAGCGAUGCAUGGCUCCCGUGAGAAUUUGAGUUCCUGAUACAGUGACUGCGGUCAGGAAUAGCACUAGAGCGCUUUCACCUCUCUCCAGCCUCUUCAAGCAAUAUUGAAUAACCUGCAUUAAGGUAAACUCUUCCUACAUAGCCUUUCGUCAUGUUCGUGCUGCGUGUUUCGGUGCAGAGCUUUGCGCCAGGAGGUGCAGAGCUCGGCCCCAAAGCAAAGCACCUGCUGCGAAGUGUGGAAACUGCACUGAAAGAAUGUAUGCAUCCCGGGAUGGCCCUCCUUGUCUGCUUGUCUGUAGUUGCUGUAUACAUUGCUGCUUCUUCUCAUUAAAAGAUCUUGCAUCACA